AUGCGUAAAAAUCUUCAAAAUAUUCUUAUAGAUUAUUCACCUAAUGACAUAUUUAAUGUAGAUAAAACUGAACUUUAUUGGAAAAUGGAGCCAAAUUGUACUUUAUCAACUAGAUCAGUUGCAAGUCGAAAACAAUUUAAAGAACAUGUUACUGUAGCAUUAUGUUGUAAUGCUUUAGGAACUGAAAAGGUCAAGGCAGUUUUUAUUGGAAAAAGUCAAAAUUUACAUUUUAAUGAAUAUGAUGAAAUUAAUAAAAUACAAGAUUUUAUUGAUCAAUUAACUUCUAAUAUAUACAAAAAUCCAAUUCCUGCUAAAGAAUAUUUACAAUCUGAAAAAGAAGAAACAAUUCAUCAGAUAAUAACUGAUGAGAAAAUUAUAGAAUUAAUGAAAGAGCUAGAAGAAGAACCAAAUAAUGAAGAACCAGAAAUUUCUAUUAUCAGUAAUUAUGAAGCAUUAGCAGCACUUAACCAAAUAAUUAUAUAUGCAGAACAAAAAUCUGAUAAAAUUGAUUUUUCAAAAGAUCAAAUUCAGGCAGUAAAAUUCUAA